UCCAAAAUGUCGGUUCAAAAUGUUAAAAUGUGUGCACAUAUCCCCUAAAAUAAAAGAAGCCAGAACAUAAUGCAACUGGCAAUUAAGUUUUUCAACAACAAUGAUGUCGUCUAGAACUUUUAAGUGUAGCAUCAAAAUUCUAAUAGUUUUUAUUUCGAUUAAUAUGGCAGUUCAGCAUUGCUAUAAACUUAAACUUUUGUCAUGCAAUACCACCGACACCUUCACCUACGGCUUGAACAUAAGUCUUUACGAGAACUCAACACUAACUGCCAGGACAAUUGUUCGCAAGGAUAUCCAAACUCCAAUAUGGAAAUUUGUGGUUUUAGAACGAAGUCGUACGAGUCCAAGUCAAAAAAUACACUACAAUGGGGUAAUUAAGACGUGUGACAUUUUAAAUGUCAUCAAAAGGAUAAGAUUUCUACGAGAAUUGGCAGUGCCACUUUUCAAUAAUCCUGAAAAGGGAAAUUUAUCGUUUAAGUGUCCAUUGCGUACAGGACAUUAUAUGUUACGAGAUAUUGAUGUUCCUGCAAAAACUGGUGGUGUAUUGAAAUAUUUAUAUACACCAAAUGCAAUUUAUACUUUUGAUUUUAAAAUUUACCAACAAUUGCCUAGAAAUAGAAUGGAAAAACUGUGUACUUUGGAAUUGAAUGCGACCAUAAUUAAAAGCUGUUAA